AUGCGGGUUGCCCUUUCGAAGUUGCAGGUGCCUGUCUUCUCCGGAGACCUCCGGGAGUGGCACGGAUUUUGGGACCACUUUGAAGCUACGAUCCAUACGCAUCCUGACCUGCCUGCAAUCGAGAAGUUCAACUACCGACGAUCCUAUUGGACCGGACAAGCGAAGCGCGCCGUGGAAUGGAUCAGGUUCGCCGAAGAUAACUACGCAUCUGCAAUCAUUGUCCUAACCCAGCGCUUCGGUCGUACGGACGCCCUUGUAAACAAGCACAUCGACAUUCUGUUUGUUAUCACGCCGAUCCAGAGCUCUUCACGACUGGCACGACUCCGCGAGCUGUAUAAGAAGAUUCUCUUCCAUACCACUUGCCUCGAAACCCUCGGCGUGUCCUCCGCAGAGUAUGCGGUCGUUGCCGGAGGAUAUAGCAGUGCUGUACCGUCAGCGCAUGAAGGAGGACGUUGCGACUACUGA